CAACAUUCUUACACCACGCUUGCUUCCCUUUGUCGUUGCACCUCGACCACACAAUGCAUCGUCCUAAGGCCCUCACAAUGGGCGAGUGCACCCCCGCGAAGCCUGUUGUGCGUCUGUACGGCGGUACACCACAAUCGACAGAACGCCUGCACAAGCCCUUCAAGUGCCCCGGGUCUGCAGUAUCGACACGAGUAUCAGAGAAGCCUGCCAGAAAGAGGCGGAAGGUCGAUUACGCAGGAGCUGAUGGCGAGAAUGGUGACGAUAAGCCCUACUCCAACGACGACCGAUUAGCGCUCGCCACGCGCGACAUCAAUCGAUUUCCAGUGUUCAAACCGAAGGAUAAAGACACAGCGUUCAGAGCGAGGUUUACCAUUCCUCUGCUGAACAAGGAUACUACGUCAUACAAUGCCAAUCGACCAGCGCCACUCCUGGGUAUGCGGCAAGGCGCUGUAUUCGUUGCGCGACCACUACACGAUCCGAGUGGAGAAUUUGCCAUUGUUCUGUACGAUCCCACAGUCGAUGACAAACCUGCACCAAAGGAAGAGAUAGUACCCAAGAUGAGCCAGGAAGAGAAGAAAGAAAUGGAUACUCCAGUAGUGCACAAGAGUCUUGCGGAAAUCCUUGGAUUGAAGAAGAAGGUGGACGAGCAACGGCCACGAGUACCAGUUGUAAUCGACCCAAGAUUGGCCAAAGUCUUACGUCCGCAUCAAGUUGAAGGUGUACGGUUUUUGUAUCGAGCUACGACUGGCUUGAUCGACUCGAAAGCAAACGGAUGCAUCAUGGCAGAUGAGAUGGGUCUCGGCAAGACGUUGCAAUGCAUUGCUCUCAUGUGGACACUGAUCAAGCAGUCUCCUGAUGCCGGCAAGUCGACGAUCCAGAAGUGUGUAAUCGCUUGCCCUUCCAGUCUCGUGAGGAAUUGGGCAAAUGAGCUGGUCAAGUGGUUAGGACCAGAUGCUAUUCACCCUUUCGCCAUCGACGGCAAAGCCACAAAGGAGGAGCUUAUUUCACAGAUACGGCAGUGGUCUAUCGCGUCCGGACGUGCCGUUGUUCGACCUGUCCUUAUUGUCUCUUACGAAACGCUCCGCCUUUACGUUGACGAGUUUGGUCAGACCCCCAUCGGCUUGUUACUCUGCGACGAGGGCCAUCGACUGAAGAACGGAGAGAGUCAGACUUUUACAGCGCUGAAUGGGCUCAACGUACAACGCCGCGUUAUUCUUUCAGGUACCCCCAUCCAGAACGACUUGUCCGAAUACUUCGCUUUGCUGAACUUCGCGAACCCCAAUUACCUUGGCACACGGGCGGACUUCCGCAAGCAGUUUGAGAUUCCCAUUCUGAGAGGUCGUGAUGCCGAUGGCACAGAGGAAGACCGGAACAAGGGUGACGAGCGUCUCAAAGAGCUUCUGACGCUAGUCAACAAGUUCAUCAUUCGACGUACCAACGACAUUCUCUCGAAGUACCUGCCCGUUAAGUAUGAACACGUGGUAUUCUGCAACCUCGCACCAUUUCAGAAGGAUCUUUACAAUCACUUCCUCCGGUCGCCGGAUAUCAAGAUGUUGCUCAAGGGGACGGGUUCACAGCCUCUCAAGGCUAUUGGUAUGCUGAAGAAGCUCUGCAACCAUCCUGACCUACUCGACCUUCCCCAAGAUCUACCGGGCUGCGAGGACAAGCUUCCGGAAGACUUCGUACCUAAGGAUGCUCGAGGGAGAGAUCGCGAUGUCAAGGUCUGGUACUCCGGCAAGAUGCUAGUGCUCGAUCGCAUGCUUGCGCGCAUCCGCGCCGAGACAAACGACAAAAUCGUCCUCAUCUCCAACUACACACAGACCCUCGACAUCUUCGGCGCACUUUGUCGAUCCCGAGGAUAUGGAUGUCUGCGUCUCGAUGGCACGAUGAACGUCAGCAAGCGCCAGAAACUAGUCGACAAGUUCAACGACCCCGAGGGCCCCGAAUUCGUCUUCCUCCUAUCCUCCAAGGCCGGAGGAUGCGGUCUCAACCUCAUCGGCGCAAAUCGCCUCGUGCUCUUCGAUCCUGAUUGGAAUCCUGCUGCUGACCAGCAAGCACUUGCGCGAGUGUGGCGUGACGGGCAGAAGAAGGAUUGUUUCGUCUACCGCUUCAUGACCACCGGUACCAUCGAGGAGAAGAUCUUCCAGCGCCAGUCGCACAAGCAAUCCCUCUCAUCGUGCGUCGUCGACUCGGCGGAAGAUGUCGAGCGCCAUUUUAGUCUCGAUUCGCUGCGCGAACUGUUCAUGUACAGAGACAACACGACCAGCGAUACGCACGAUACGUUUAAGUGCAAGCGCUGUCGCAAGGAGGACGGGCGCCAGGUCAUCAAGGCGCCGGCUAUGUUGUAUGGUGAUACAAGUACGUGGAAUCACUUUGUUAAUGAUGGGGAGUCCGGGCCGCUGGGGCAGAUUCAGGAUCUUUUGCUUAGACAGGAGACGGCGGAGGGGUGUAACGAGGUUAGCGCUGUGUUCCAGUAUAUCAGUCAUUAGUUGGUAGAUUUGAAUAGCGGAGGUGUUUUGGGCGUUGGGUUGGCUUUGGUGACUUAUGAGGGGUGGCAUUGCACGGAAAUAUUUUGGAUAAGGCGUUGUGUUAUAGCGGUCUUUUGU